ACCUGUGCUUUGCGGGGGCCCCCGGACGGGGUCGUGCGGGUUCGGGGAGCAUCUGUCACUAAGAUCGCCUUGCUGUGUGUCGGUGUCGCUGCUGUGGCUGCUGCCACGAGGGGAUGCAGAGGUUCUUGUUGCUGUACGCCUCCCAGCGCGGCCAGGCCAAGGCCAUCGCCGAGAACAUCCGCGAGCAAGCCUUGGCACACGGGUUUUCCGCGGAUCUGCACUGCGUCAGCGAGUCGGAUACAUAUAGUCUAAAAACUGAGACAGCUCCUCUUGUUGUCGUUGUGUCUACCACGGGGAGCGGAGACCCACCAGACACCGCCCGCAAGUUUGUUAAGGAGAUACAGGACAAGACGCUGCCACCUGAUACCUUUGCGCACCUGCGGUAUGGACUAUUGGGAUUGGGUGAUUCAGAGUACACGUUCUUCUGUAAUGGGGGGAAAGUGAUUGACAAACGGCUUCAGGAACUGGGCGCCCAGCACUUCUAUGACACUGGACACGCUGAUGACUGUGUCGGUUUGGAGCUUGUGGUGGAGCCGUGGAUUGCGGGACUCUGGGCCGCCCUUACCAAGCACUUCAGGGCCAGUAGAGGACGAGAAGAGAUGAGUGGAACUCUCCCAGAAGCCUCUGGUGCCUCCCCGAGUGCAGAGCCUGGGAAACCAGAGCUGUUAGGCGUCGUGUCUCAAGUCCAGCGUCUGAGCUUAGAAGGCUCAGGAGGCAGGCCCUCGGGGGUCUGGAGGCAGAAUGUGGUGAACAGCACCCUGUCGGAGGCUUUGAUUAAGGACUUGGAAGCCACACUUACCCAUUCUGUGCCCCCGCUCUCACAAGCCUCCCUGAGUGUUCCUGCUGCGCCCCCAGAAUACCUGCAAGUACAUCUGCUGGAGCCCGCUGGCGAGGAGGAAAGCCAAGCAUCUGUGCCUUCAGCGGACCCAGUGUUUUCGGUGCCGAUUUCAAAGGCGGUCCAGCUCACGAGGAGCGACGCCGUGAAGACCACCCUGCUGCUGGAACUGGACAUUUCCAAAACAGAUUUUUCCUAUCAGCCUGGGGAUGCCUUCAGCGUGAUCUGUCCCAACAAUGACUUGGAAGUACAGAACCUCCUGGAAAGACUGGAGCUCGCAGACAAGAGAGAGCAUCGUGUCCUCUUGAACAUUAAGGCAGACACCAAGAAGAAAGGAGCCGCCCUGCCCCAGCACGUCCCCGAGAGAUGCUCGCUCCAUUUCAUGUUCACCUGGUGCCUUGAGAUACGAGCCGUUCCCAAAAAGGCGUUUUUGCGAGCCCUUGCCGACUACACCAGCGACAGUGCUGAAAAGCGCAGGCUGCAGGAGCUGUGCAGCAAGCAGGGAAUGGCCGAUUACAACCGCUUCGUGCGUGACGCCUGCGCCUGCUUCCUGGACCUCCUCCACGCCUUUCCAUCCUGCCGGCCGCCGCUGAGCCUCGUGCUGGAACAUCUUCCUAAACUACAGCCCAGGCCGUAUUCAUGCGCAAGCUCGAGUCUGUGCCACCCGGGGAAGCUACACUUUGUUUUUAACAUUGUGGAGUUUGUGUCUCACACCACGACCGUGGUUUCGAGAAAGGGAGUGUGCACUGGCUGGUUGGCCACGAGGGUUAGCUCAUUUCUUCAGCCAAACUCCGAAGAUCCACAUGAAGAUGGCAGAGAAGGCCCAGCCCCUCAGAUACCCAUCUCUCCUCGGGCAGUGACGUCUUUCCACUUACCAACGGACCCCUCCAUCCCCAUCAUAAUGGUGGGCCCAGGAACUGGCAUAGCACCCUUCAUUGGCUUCCUGCAGCACCGGGAGAAACUUCAAGAGCAAAACCCUGCAGGAGAUUUUGGGGCAAUGUGGCUGUUUUUUGGCUGCAGACAUCAGGAACGGGACUACCUGUUCAGGGAAGAGCUCAGGCAUUUCCUGAAGCGUGGCGUCUUGACCCAGCUGAAGGUUUCCUUCUCUAGAGAUGACCCUGCAGGGGAGGGGGAGGCCCCGGCCAAGUACGUGCAGGACAGCCUCCAGCUGCACAGCAAACAAGUGGCAAGGCUUGUGCUCCGAGAGAACGGCUGCGUUUACGUGUGCGGAGAUGCCAAAAAUAUGGCCAAGGAUGUCGGUGAUGCCUUUGUGGACAUAAUAAGCAAAGAGGUUGGUGUCGACAAACUAGAAGCAAUGAGGACGUUGGCUACUUUAAAAGAAGAAAAGCGGUACCUUCAGGACAUUUGGUCAUAAAACCAGAAAUCAAAGGAAGAAAAUUAAGCUUUUUUGGCCAAAGAUACUAAGAGACAAUUUCACCAAAGCUUUUAGCCUCCCUUGUAGGCACGGGAUUCAGAGUUCACAGGCCCGUGCUCUGCCUGGACCACACCUGCCCGCAGCACCCUGAAGGACUGGUCAGGAACUUCCUCCUGCCCAGGGUCUGCACACAUGACAAUGAACUUGGGUGGCCAGCAGUUUUAAACAGUGUCAUUUUAUCUGACCUACACCCACAAAGACUGUUCUUACUGCGGUGUUGAAGUGCACAUGUAGAACUUACCUGUCACAGGUCUAUAUUACUGUCAAAUAUUUCUUACCAAAGCUGUGUUACGAUUAAAAAGGUAUUCUAAAGUAAUUUUUAAGUAAAGGGAUUUUAUUUUGAGUGCUGCUAAAAGUAUGAAAUGUAUUUUGAAAUUUCGUUGCGGCAUGUGAGUUAUCACAUGUCUUAGUAUCUCAGUCCAGAAUUUGGAAACAUCCGCACUGAGUUUAUAAAUGCCAGCAUGUACACAUGGCGGUGGAAACGCAGUCUUCUGUCCCCGAGUCCUUUCAGUUCUGUUCUUCCUGGGUGUGUGUUCAAGUUUUCCCGUGCAAUUUCUAUUACCUCCAUCCUACCACUCAGGUUAUAUCCGAGAUUUACAAUGCAGACUUAAAUUAGUAGCAUGUUUUAGGUUCCCAGUAACAGAUUCUCUCAAAAUUUGUCAAACUAGGAAUCAAAAAUUAAGGAAUAUAAUACUUUUCUCCCAGACUCUUUUAAAUGGUGACUUUUUAUUUAAUUGCUUUACAUUUAAAAGCAAAUCUCUUUAUCUGUAAAAGGUUUCUGCUUAGAGAAGUAUCUGGGGAAAAAAAUAGUAUAAUGUUAAGAUUUUGUGGCUGUUUAUUAUAUUGUAUAGUACAUUUUUUGGUAUAUCUUAUGUUAGAGGCAACCAAGAUGUUAAAAGGUCUAUAUAUUAGAAGCGAUUUGAGUAAGUCAAAAGCAAUUUGAGUUUAAAGUAAAAAGGCGAUUCUAUAAAUAACUGGGG